AUGUCGCCAGCAGAGCCUCUUCGGCUAGGACCCGUCAAGGAAGCAUCGGCGACUCUUGCUGGGGCAUUUGCCAAUGAUCCGGUCAAUUGCUGGAUUCGCCCUCUUACAUCAGUGGCCGAGAAAACUGGUCCAGGCGCCCGCCGUGUCUAUUCUCGCUGGAUCCAGUCGCAUAAUCUAGCUGGAGUUGUCCUGGAGUCCCAGCCACCAUAUACAAAAUCUCACCUUCUGGGAGGGGCUGAAGGAGACGAUUCCCCCGCUGCUGUAAUUCUUCUCACCGCACCCGAAUCUGAACAACGUUGGACAAUCAGGGCCCUUUGGAGCGCACUGAAAUUAUUAUUUAUAAAUGUUCUCUGGGAUCCGAUCGACCUUCAACUCCCUGAAAGUAGAUUGAAAGAAUUCCAAAGGUGCCAGAAGGUUGGCAUCCAUCGCCUCCUGAAAGAAAACCCUGAAGCUUGGCAUCUCGAAAUGAUUGGAGUUCAUCCGUCAUUACAGGGGAAGGGAAUGGGAAAGCUUGCCAUGAAAGCCGUCUUUGAUUAUGUUGACCAGGCACCAAUUCUCAUCGAGUGUUCCAGUGAAAAAAAUCUUCCUUUCUACAAGAGCCUCGGCUUCACUAUUUUGGAGGAGGUCGAGAUGGUGGACGCUCCCCAAUUUGAGGGGGACACCGGACGCGUCAAACAAUGGCUAAUGAUACGCGCAUUGGGUGCGACGGAUGAAGGGAAAAUGAAUCCCAAAAAGGGGUAA